GUGGCGGGGCCGGCGCGGAGCGGGUUCGACCCGCCGGGGCGGCAGCGGCGCAGCCGGAGCUCCUGCCCCUUCCUUCCUUCCCUCCUUCCUUCCUUCCCUCCGUGCUCGUGUUCCUGCCUUCGCUCCGCUGCAGGGCGGCACCGAUGAGCGCGCUCCGAGCGCCCGGCGUGCGGCCGGUGCCGACCUGGCUGCUCCUGCCGGGGCUGCUCCUGCUGGCGCUGCUCCUGCCGGGGCUGCUCCUGCCUGGCGCCGCCGCGGGCGCGGGCUGCGACCUGGAGGCUGCGGCCGGCGGCGGCGGCCGGCGGGGAGGACGGGGAGGUGCCGCCGCCUCUGCGGCGGAGCCGGCGACAGAUCCCUGCAGUUCACUCAGCCCACCAUGCUUUACUGAGGAGGACCGAUUCAGCCUAGAAGCUCUCCGCAUGAUCCAUAAACAAAUGGAUGAUGACAAAGAUGGUGGUAUUGAAGUAGAUGAAAGUGAUGAGUUUCUAAGGGAAGAUAUGCAGUACAAGGAUGCCUCUAAUAAACAUAGUCACCUGCACAGAGAAGACAAACAUAUCACCAUUGAGGAUCUGUGGAAACGCUGGAAAACAUCUGAAGUUCAUAACUGGACUCAAGAGGACACUCUUCAGUGGCUUUCAGAAUUUGUUGAACUGCCACAAUAUGAAAAGAAUUUCAGAGAGAGCAAUGUCAAUGGAACAACACUUCCCAGGAUAGCAGUAAAUGAACAUGCUUUCAUGAUCUCUCACUUGAAAAUAAUUGACCGGAGCCAUAGACAGAAGCUUCAACUUAAAGCCUUGGAUGUGGUUUUAUUUGGACCUCUUACCCGUCCCCCUCACAACUGGAUGAAGGAUUUUAUAUUAACAGUUUCUAUAGUUAUUGGUUUUGGAGGCUGCUGGUUUGCAUAUACACAGAACAGAACCUCAAGAGAACAUAUCACAAAAAUGAUGAAGGACUUAGAAAGUCUUCAAACAGCAGAGCAAAGUCUUCUUGACUUGCAGGAAAGGCUUGAGAAGGCACAAGAAGAGAACAGAAAUGUUGCUGUGGAAAAGCAAAAUCUGGAGCGCAAAAUGAUGGAUGAGAUCAAUGAUGCAAAACGGGAAGCUCAUCGCCUAAGGGAAUUAAGGGAGGGAGCUGAAUGUGAGCUCAGCAGGCUCAAAUAUGCAGAGGAAGAAUUAGUACAGGUUCGCAUGGCUUUAAAAAAGGCUGAGAAGGAGUUUGAGUUGAGAAGUAAUUGGUCUGUUCCUGAAGCUUUGCAGAAGUGGCUUCAGUUAACACAUGAAGUUGAAGUACAAUAUUACAACAUCAAAAGACAGCAUGCAGAAAUGCAAUUAGCAAUUGCCAAAGAUGAGGCAGAAAAGAUAAAAAAGAAGAGAAGCACUGUAUUUGGAACAUUACAUGUUGCACACAGCUCCUCCCUGGAUGAAGUGGACCAUAAAAUUCUUGAAGCAAAGAAAGCACUCUCUGAGUUGACAACGUGUUUGCGAGAGCGUCUUUAUCGAUGGCAACAGAUUGAGAAGAUUUGCGGGUUUCAAAUCGCACACAAUUCUGGGCUACCGAGCUUGACCUCCUCUCUCUACUCUGAUCACAGCUGGGUAGUUAUGCCUCGAGUCUCCAUUCCUCCUUACCCAAUUGCAGGGGGAGUUGAUGACUUAGAUGAAGAUACUCCUCCAAUAGUUUCACAGUUUCAUGAGAAAAAUAACAAAUGCGCGCAAGGAAGGAUAGAAGCAAAAUGGCUUGUCAUGCUCAUGAGGCUUCAGGGAAAAUGCAGCAUGCAGACAGGGUCCAUUGUGAAACCUCCCAGCAGCACACUGGCAAGAAGCAGUAGCUUGUGUCGAUCAAGACGCAAUGUUGUGCCAUCAUCUCCGCAGUCUCAGCACGCUUUGCACUCCCCUGACCCUGACAUCCUUUCUGUGUCGAGCUGCCCAGCUCUUUAUCGAACUGAAGAGGAGGAGGAAGCCAUUUACUUCUCUGCUGAUAAACAAUGGGAAGUACAGGAAACCGGUUCGGAAUGUGACUCCUUAAAUUCAUCCAUUGGAAGGAAGCAGUCUCCUCCAGCAAGUCUUGAGAUGUACCAGACAAUUUCUCCUCAGAAAGUAUCCCCAGAAGAAUUCUCACUGGAGGAAUCAUCUACAGGAGACUCCUCUUCUUUAACUGCAGAUAUUUCUAGGGGCUCUCCUGACUGUGUAGGCAUGGCAGAAACUAAGAGCAUGAUCUUUAGUCCUGCAAGCAAAGUUUAUAAUGGAAUCCUGGAGAAGUCCUGCAGCAUGAACCAGCUUUCAACUGGGAUCCCAGUCCCAAAGCCUCGGCACACCUCGUGUUCUUCAACCGGCAGUGAUAGUAAACCCAGCCAUGAAGCUGCUUCUGUCCCCAGGAUAAGUAGCAUCCCACAGGACCUCUGCCAAAAUGGUGAAAAAAAUAAAAAGCCAUCAAAAAUAAAAAACCUCUUUAAGAAGAAGUGUAAGUGAGAUGGGCAGAAGAAAACCUAUAGUAAUGUUAUGAGAACUCUAUUUUUUACACCUUUAGGAAUGUAAUUCCAUUUGAGCAUUCCAGACUGGAUGCCCUUGUGGAAUGCUCAGUAGGUCACCUAUAUUUAACUGACUGUAACGGUCGUGCCAGCUGUCAAUGAGAAAUCCAUUAAAAAGUUCAGACAGUUUACAUUAAUUUCUGCCUAUUUAUUUCUUUUUUUAUUUUAGUUUGUCUUUUUCAGUGUGAUUUUUUUUUUUUUUUUAAAUUUGUUGGUUUUUUAAAGUUUAUUCAUAAACCAUUUUUAAGCCACUUUGGACUCCUAAGCUUUAAUGGACUAGUAAGCCUUCCUGGGCUUGCCAAAGUUUCUUGUUUACUGGAGCAUCUUCCUAUCUUUCCAUAGAACUAGGACAUUUGUCUACUGGACUUUAACACAAAUAAAAGAAGUAGAACUAAAUGAAUUGCACUACUGUUAUACAGACUGGAACAGUCUCUGCAAGUGAAACUAAAAGACUUGUGUUUGACUGAGAAGAUAAAUCUUUUCACUUUUAGAUCUUUUGGGGUUUUUAAGUAGAAUUUAGCAUUUCUAAUUGACUUGAUUUCUGGAAAUGGAAAUGUCAUGCUUUUAUUAUGGGAAGCUUUGUUAGAUGCGUUUAUUAUUAGAAUGGUUCAAGUCCUGCUGUAAAGAUCAUUUUUUUCCCAGGACUUUCACUGUGAUUUUACUUCACUGCAGGCUGUAUGACAAAAAAAAAAAAAGUAAUUUAUCAAGAGAAAAGGCUCUUGAUUCCUUAUGCAAGUGAUGGUUGUGAAACUUGACUGAAGACUGAAAAUAUUCACUCUCUAAGUGAGGAGAGGAAAUAGUAGCUUUUGUUUACAGACUGAGAGACAACGGACAUUUGGGUUGUGAAAGUUUGUACUGUGGUAAAGAUAAUAAAUUGGAAACAUUAUUGUGCUUGGGAAUGUUCCAAUUUUAGCUAAUGCUUGUUUCAGACAUGUUUCAGAGUUCCUGUUAAUUGAAAGCUGUCGUAGGCUACAUUGCUUAUGCUUACUGCUGUGUAUAAGUUAUUAUUAUAUUUUUUGAAUUAGCUAUUAUUGUCUUAAUGUCCUCCUUUUGUAAGAUUUCAUACACUUUAUUUUUGUAUAGUUUGAAGAUCUAGCUGUUCAGACAUGUCUGAAGUAAAUGAUAUAAUUUUA